GAUCCCUUUGACUCUCUACUUGCAAAAAAACCGCAAACACCAGUUACUCCUCUUUGCCAUAGUAUAUGAUGGCUGAGAUAUUCGGCGUCGUUGCCGGUGCGCUGAGCGUUGCGGCACUCUUCAAUAACGUGGUUGACUGCUUUGAAUACAUCCAACUGGGACGGAAUUUCGGGACAGACUACCAGACUUGCCAGGUUAAACCCGACAUUGCUCGACUGCGUCUUUCUCGUUGGGGAGAUGCCGCCAAGAUCAACAAUGACAGCAGAUUCACCGAAGUCAACCCCAGCAACGAUCAGGUUUGCACAGCGAAGAACACAUUGGAGCAGCUCCUCAACCUAUUCGGAAAUGUAUAUACAGAGUCGUCGAACUUCAAAUUAGGUGCGGGAGAAGAGGAGUUGGCUCUAUUCGAUCCUAGCACGAAUACCAACCAGACCGUCGUGGCACUGCGAAACACGAUGCGCGAUCUUGCGCACAAGCGGCAGAAGACCACGAGUCUAUCGAAGAAGAUAUCCUGGGCACUCUAUAAGCAGAAGUCCUUCAUGCGGUUGAUUGAGGAUAUUCAGGAACUCCUUGACGGCUUGGAGGCCAUAUUCCCGCAACAGGAAGCCUACAAACGGAUGGUGGAGAUCGAAAUUGAAGAAGUUGGAGAAGGGCCAAGCCUACAGGUGUUGUCAGACGCGGCGCAAGAGACGGAUGACCUCCUUCAAGAGGCAGCAAGUAGGAGACUAGAAGCACUAGGCAGCAGCAACACGAUAGACCAAGCGAAGGUGGCGGAAACCGCAAAGGUAAAGGUGGUGAACGAAUACAUCUUUCAAGCAGUUCCCAGCAGGACUGGCGUUACGACGAACAAGAUUAGGGAUUUAGAUGCGCAGGGAAGGUCGAGAGUGCUUGUCGGGGAUAGCCAUGGAACCAAGGGAUUUAUGGACAGCGACUAGGGCAUGCUUAGAGAAAUCCCCUCCAAGCUAGAACGAUGUCAUGUCCCGAGGAUAGCAGCGCCGGGAACCAUGUUACUGCACAUGGGCAUGCCAUUUAUUGAUAAAUGC